CUUUUGCUCAAUAACGCAGAAGUUGCUAGCAUGGGCUUCAAAAUUGGCCCAGCUGCCAAAUUAAGAAAGUUGUUGGAGACUUUACGUGACGACGAAAGUGUAAACAAACAAGUUGUAAAUAAGGAUAACGAAACUGGAAGUAUGGGUGGUGGUAAAAGUUUAGAAGAACCUUCUACUAGUGCUUGUACAAGUUACGAACAGGAUACAACUGAAAAGAUACAGGAAGUUAAUGUGAUAGAAAUCUUAAAAUCGACAGAAAAAGGAAGUGUAAUUGUUGCCAAGUACAUAGCAAGAAAUGAGGAUUACAUUACACAUGAAGAACGGAUUGAACUUGUCAACAUUGUCUGUAUGCGAAUGGUGGAAGUGGACCCACUGAAACAUUUUCCAUCUACGGAAACAAAGAACCUGUAUGCGGAUGCUAUUGUAAAUAGUUUUCCCUGCCUGGCCACCAAAGUUACAGAUGACAGUGGCAAAUUGAAUUUGAAUCACGAUGUAUUUUACCAUCCAGUAGCUGGUGGGUACAUUGAAAAUAGAUUAAAAGAAAUAAGAAGAAAAAUUGAAAUAAGGAAGAGGAAACCAAAUGGAUUGUCAAAAACAAUGGAUUCCGAAAAAAUGCCUGAUAAAAAGAAGAAAACAACAAAACUGACAAAGGGUAAUGUACCCUUACGUAAACUGCCUGCUGCUGCUGAGUUCGAUGAGGACGUAAUGAAGUCAAUGGUUGAAUGGUUAAAGGUUAAUGUUUAUUCUGUAACCACCAGAGGAAAAAUUCAUGAAUACAUGGAAAAGACGUUCGAAUUCCGUGAUAGAGAGAGCACAUUUAGAUUUACGUCAGCGAGUGAAAUUCUUUUGGAAUAUCCCCGGUUUAUUGAUGUUGAAGAAGGAUCGCUGAUUCUUUCUUGACUUUCAUCGUAAAUAUCCGGACACGCAUUAUUCAUUACAAAUGCGCUUCCUUAAACGUUUUUCUACUUCCCUGACGUUGUUGGCUAAAAGGCAAAAAAUAGAUGUUCCCAAUUCAGCUGAUGAUUGUCUGAGAUCACUAGCUUUGUGUUUGAAGUUGAUGCCGUCCGUCUACAAAAUAAAAAAAGCAUCAUUUGAAUCAAAACUAGAUCGGAUGUUUCACUUCGUGAAGCAAAACGCUUCGAUUUCAGAGGCUGUGAAAGGAAAGGAUGCUGUCCACCACAAACAGCCCUACCUUAUUAUUUUAGGAUCUUUUGAGCAUCCUUUGUUCUUUAACUUAGUUGAGGACCAAACUGUUAUUCCACUUGGCCCAGACUGCCGGAGGGCUUUUAAUAUUUUGUUCGCAUCCUUUUGGAUUUUCAGGCUUGAAUAUCCAACAUACCUGGAUAAAUUUUUUCUUUUUUUUGAGCAAUUUGUGUAUCAGGUAUUUUUAGGAGGAGACUGUUAUACCAUUUCUUCUUCAAAUCAAGAUUUCGCCAAUGUGCUUGACGAUAUCGCUUCAAAAAAUAUGUCUGGUGCUGUUGGUGAUGUUUAGCAUAGUUGCUUUUGAGGACGUUUGAAACAUUCAUCAAACUUUACCCGAGUUUUACUUAAAGUAUUUCAUAAUGUUAUGUAAUUCUCGAUGGAGAUUUUGUGUGCUUCUUGUUUGUAAUAAAUAUUUUCAAACUCA